AGGGAAGUCUUCCAGAACUAUCACUUUUGAGCAGUUUAAGGAAGCUCUUCAAGAACUCUCCAAGAAGCGGUUUAAAGACAAGAGCGACGAGGAAGCAGUUCAAGAAAUAUAUAAACUAAUCGAAGGAAAAGCCCCGAUUAUAUCCGGAGUAACGAAAGCCAUUUCAUCUCCGACUGUAUCGCGCCUUACAGAUACAUCGAAAUUCACGGGUUCUCACAAAGAGAGGUUUGAUCCCAGUGGGAAAGGAAAAGGCAAAGCUGGCCGAGAAGAUCUGGUGGAUUCUUCGGGAUAUGUAUCUGGCUAUAAGCACGCAGGCACGUACGAUCAUAAAGUGCAAGGAAGCAAGUAAGGCUGAGGGUUUCCAACAAGGAGGGAGAAAGAGAGGGGAGGAAAGAGAGUGUAUCUGUGAGAAUGAUGUAGAUGAAUCCCACGUGUUUUGGUUAUUGUAAAUGCUAAGACUAUGU